AUGCCGCAGAAAACAAACAUCUCUCCUCUCUCCCUUACCGGUACUAGUAAUAAACCGAUCACCCGGAGUGCAUUGUCGUCUUCUCAAUCUGAUGAUAUUCUCAAAGCCAUUGCUAAAUUGGAAUCAUCUCACCAACAACUUCUAAAAUUAAACCAGCAAACCAGUGCUCAACAAUCUGCUCAGUUCGAAGUACUCAAGUCAAACCUUGGUAACAUUUCAAAUCAAAUAUCCGAUCUAAAAGCUGAAAACUCCAAUCUUCGUGCUGAACUAACUGCUUUGAAAAGCAAAAUACACCUACUUGAAUCUACACCAAGUACUCCCAUCAACCCCCUCUACUUGAACUCAUCCAAGAACUCUCUGAACGUGAUAAAUGUAGUUCUAAUGUAA